AUGCUGCCGAAAUUCUGGUGCUCUCCGGGGAGAAUACUUUCAACCUGUGAUACUGACAUCAUCAUCACCUCGAAGCAUCAGCCCAGCGUGCAGCGGGACCGAUUCUCCAUCUGGGAUGAUCAUGACCAUCAGGAGUUCACAGUGACUGUGAAGAACCUGACCAAGAAGGAUGCGGGCACCUACCGCUGCGGGGUGCGAACAGGCAUAGGCUGGCCUGAUGACAGUGAUGAUGUGGAGGUGAUCGUGUCCCCAGCUGCGGCGGGUGUUCUGGUAACACUGUCCAGGAAGAGGAAGAAGGCCCUCUCCGGAGCAGUGGUAGAGAUGGACAGGAUUCAUAACACGUUGUAUACAGAAGCGGAUGCCUUGAACUACGCGGACAUUAACCAUGACACCAGGACAGCCGAGAGCCACCUGUACAGCAACGCCGAGACUUUCUGCCGCUCGACAAAGGCCAUGACGGAAUACGCGGAGCUCAAGCCAAGCUGCACGCAUGUGGAAGAGGAAAGAGAGGCUAUGUAUGACAGCAUGCAGAAGCCUGUUCCGAAUCAGCAGGAUAUCUACGCCAACGUGCCGUGGCCUCCCCGGCCCAGGACAGAGCCCUGCAGCGUGGCGGGGAGGCCAUGA